GGCACUGCCCCGAGAUCCACCCUGCCGCGCAGCGAUCAAAAGUAGUUCUGACCUGCGUGAUUAAGCCAACUAGAGCUGACGCAUAGUGUAUUAUUUGAAAAAUGAUUUCAUUUAUAAUAUUCCAUUGUAUCGUAUACACCAAAUUCUAUCCACAAAUUGCGCCCACACUCAAUACUAUUCGCUGACGAGGCCUUUAGGGGAAUCCCCUUGUAGCAAUCUCAUAUUCUACCUCGUCGCUAUCAGCUUCGGACGGACUGUUACACAUGCUGCGAUGUAUUCAGUGUUACUGUGAACAUAUUAUCUUAAACAAUGUGAUUCUCUACAUAUUUGUGUGUGUUAAUACUCUGCUGGCAAUGGCCAGAAUGGACAUGAAGUCGGAACGGUGUAGACUGGGGACGUUCUCAAGAUGGGCGUAUGGAUCUAUACAACGACCCGUCGACCUUGCGGCAAACGGACUGUUUCAUACGGGCUAUCUAGAUAAGGUACAGUGUGCUUUCUGUCAUGGUGUGUUGAAAAAAUGGCAAAAGUCGGACAUUCCAUUCGAUGAGCAUACAAGACACUUUCCUCACUGCAGGUUCAUUCGGGGACUUAAUGUUGGUAAUAUUCCUAUGGGUUGUGAUGCACGUGUACUGUUAUACGACACAAACCAUCCUCAUCAUCAAUGCAGAACUAUAUCACCUAAUACCUCAUCAUUAAGUGCGCGAUCAUACGACAAACCCGUCGGUAACGCAGAUUUAACAGUUGAAGAUAAUCGGCUAAGUACAUUUAUCAACUGGCCACUUCACUUACCCCAAACCCCUAAGACACUGUCAGAAGCUGGGUUCUUUCAUACGCCAUGCGUUGAGAAGCCUGACCGCGUCCAGUGUGCUUAUUGUAAAGUAAAGUUGUACAAUUGGUUAGACGACGAUGACCCUUGGAUGACCCAUGCACAGAACUCUCCAUCUUGUCUCUACAUCAAACUGUGUAUGGGUGCCGAUGUUGUGAAUGAUUUGCUGAAUCAAGGAACUAUUAAAGCUUCAAACAGCUGUAACAAAGAUGAGGAUGACAUCCAAUCCAAGGUCCCUCCGAGUCCUCCUCCUUCACCAGCAAGGCGGACGAUUCAGGAUAAUAUCACUCAUCAUAUGGAAAGUGAGUCGGUCCAGGCGGUACUAGAAAUGGGCUUUAGCCAGGUUCUCGUCGCGCAAACUAUAGAAACCUGCCUCGGGGAAGACGACGGUACCUUGCCCUCUGCCUCGGAACUGGCCUCAAUGGUACUUGCCCUGGAGGAAGAACAAGCAUCUCCAGGUCCUGCUCCUGCUCUACCUCAAACACCCUUACAGAGACUGGUGGCUUCUAGAAUAGAUGUACCUCAAACGACAACUCAUCACGAAGUAAUGGUAAAUGGCAUCAGACACAUCGAUCCUACUUAUAAUGCACUGACAUCUCCCAUCCAGACACCUAAUUCCACACAAAGCGUUAUGAACAUCAAUGGAACAACACCAAAAAAUCAGAUGUGGCAAAAAUACAGAGAUCCUGCUCAAAGACUACGCGAGGAAAACGUUCGUCUUAGUGAUCGAUAUCUUUGUAAGAUUUGUAUGGAAAACCAGGUCAGGGUGACCUUCUUGCCCUGCGGCCAUCUUGCCUGCUGUGGUUCCUGUUCAUCAUCUGUGUCCCUGUGUCCUAUCUGUAGAAUGAGUAUCGACGAUCAUAUCAAUACGUAUUACUGAAGGAAGACAAAGACAGAAUCAGGCCAGGUAAUGGACACCUAGAGAAAGAUAGUGUUCAGCAUCAACAUUGACGCCCAUGACAGCAAAUCAUUGGCGGUCCGAUGCUUUGGGCUCUCCGGGUCAUGGAAGAAACGAAGAGGGAUGCAAGUGAAUGCUUACUAUGCUUGCUCCACUAUCCGACCCCCAGACCUAAACUAUCAUAUAUGAAAUAUCCUUUAAAAAAUUCAUUGUUGGAUUAAAUCUAUUUAAUUGUCCCUCAUAUGCCUAAUAAAACGUUUUACAUCA